AUGGCUGCUUCUGCAAUAAGCAUAGCUAGAGUUUAUGCAGAUGUUAAUUCAAACCGGCCUCGAGAAUAUUGGGAUUACAAGUCAUUUGUUAUAGAAUAUGGAGAGCAAGAUAACUACCAGAUACUUAGAAAACUAGGCCAGGGUAAAUAUAGCAAUGUGUUUGAAGCCAUCAGCAGUAUAACUAACAAAAGAGUAAUUGUUAAAAUUCUCAAGCCAGUAACAGAGGUAAAAAUCAAGCGUGAAAUAAAGAUUCUGAAGAAUUUGCGAGGUGGUACCAACAUCAUCAAGUUGAUAGAUACUGUAAAAGACCCUCAAUCAAAAACCCCUGCUUUGGUUUUGGAACAUGUUAAUAACACAGACCCAAAGCGAUUGUACCAGUUAUCAGACUAUGAUACUCGAUUUUACAUCUAUGAGCUUCUAAAGGCCCUCGAUUUCUGUCACAGCAUGGGCAUUAUGCACAGAGACGUGAAGCCCCAGAAUAUUGUUAUUGAUUUUAAACAUAAAAAACUUAGACUGAUAGACUGGGGAUUGGCAGAAUUUUAUCACCCUGGACAAGAAUAUAAUGCUCAGGUCGGUUCUCUAUACUUUAAAGGCCCAGAGCUGCUCCUAGACUUUCAAUACUAUGAUUACAGUUUGGAUUUAUGGAGUGUAGGUUGCAUGAUGGCGAGUAUGAUCUUUCGCAAAGCACCAUUUUUUCAUGGAACCGAUGAUUAUGAUCAGUUGUUGAAAAUAGUCAGAGUUCUUGGAACAGAGGACUUAUGGGACUAUGUUCAAAGAUACCACAUUGACUUAGAACAUUGUUUAGAUCAAGUCUUGGGCACAUUUCCCCGUCUGAAGUGGGAGUUCUUUGUACACAGCAAAAACCAGCACCUUGUGAAUCCAGAAGCCAUAGAUUUUCUUGAAAAACUUCUCCAAUAUGACCAUCAGGAAAGGCCCACCGCUAGAGAGGCGAUGGAUCAUCCUUACUUUUCUGCUAUUGUGAAAGACCAGGCUCCAAGAAAACGUCCAUGUGUCAAGUCAGGGCACCGUAAGUCUAAGAGCAAAGCUAUUCCGAGAACAUCUUCAGCACCGAAUCCUUCACCACUUGGACAUCUGGCAACCUCUCCAGCCCUUGAAGGCACCUCCUUUCAGAAGCACAAUGUAGGGGACACUCACAAAAAAUAA